CCCCGCCCCCCAUCGCCCCCCCCGGCCUGCGACUACGAGAGGCUCUAUGAGGGCCUUUGGUCGGAGAACGUUCGUCUCCGGGAGCAGUUGGAGGAGACGGAGCUGAAACUGAGUCAGAGCCGCCUCGAGCUCGAGCGCCUCACGCAGCGUCAGGAGCGAAUCGCGGAGCGUCCGGCACUGCUGGAGCUCGAGAGAUACGAGCGUCGAGCGCUGGAGCUGAAGGCGGCGGAACUCGAGGAGGAACUGAAGGCUCUCUCGGAUCUUCGCGCCGAUAACCAACGUCUGCGGGACGAGAACGCAGCGCUGAUCCGCGUCGUCAGCAAACUCACCAAGUGACCCACGGCGACCCACGGCGACCCACAGCGACCCACGGCGACCCACAGCGCC